AUGAGAUUCAAAGCCUCAAUCAGGAACAUUCAUACCUUCACCAGACUAACCGCGUCCCUCUCCUUACUCGGCAAAGAUGUCUGGCUUCAGCUCAACAACGAGCAGCUGCGCUUCACUGUUGUCCCGGAACAGGGCAGUCAAGUGUGGGCGGUCCUUGCCAUAGAUACAAUUUUCGAAACCUACACCAUCCAGUCCGCCGUCGAAAACAACACCAUAAACCUCCGCAUACCUCUCGCCUCCCUCCACCGCGCCCUCCGUUCCGCCCUCACGGCGUCCUCAGCCUCGAUCCGUUUAACGAAGAAAGACAACAUACCCCUGCUUUCUCUGACCAUCAUUACCAACAACUUGAACUCCUCGCGGCCCCCUACAUCCAUCACAACCACAACCCUAAACUCGGACAACGCACCCUUCCCCGUCGAUGACGCCUACAACAACAAUGAAUCCCUCGGCGACCCAAACCCCGGCUUCUUCCCACACGAUCGAGAAACGACCAUCACGCAAGACAUACCCGUCAUGGUCCUCGCCGCCGCCACCGUAGCGAGUAUACACGAGCCCCAAUGUCCCCAACCGGACGUUCACAUCAUGCUCCCGUCCCUGCUCCAGCUCAAAGCAAUCUCCGAACGCUUCACCAAACUCGCCCUCUCAACCUCCACCUCGGCCACCAACCGCGGCCGUGCAUCCGACGCCCUGUCCUCGCAGUCGCGCCUCACGCUGUCGGCGAACGCUCAUGGUGUGUUGAGGAUCGGAGUGGAGACGCCGAGUCUGAAGAUCGAGAGUAGAUGGGAGGGGCUGACGAAUCCGGAAUUGGAUCCCGAACAGGUUGAAGGAGGGGAGGAGGGCGUGAGGGGACAUGCGAGUACGAGGAUGAAGGAAAGAGAAGGGGACGAGGCGUGGAGUGUGGUCAGGGUUGAGGGGAGGGAUUGGGGGAGGGUGCUUGGGGUGGGACGGUUGGGAGGACGGGUCAUCGCAUGUUUCUGCCACGAGCACGCUUUAAUUCUUUACGUCUACCUCUCCGGCGACGAUACGGAAUCUGUCCUGACAUAUUACAUUGCAUCUUACAGCGCUUGA